CCCGCCCUCGGGGGGAGGGAAGAGGAACGGGGCCCAGCGGCACCUGCAGCUGGGCUAGUCGCCCGGGGAGAGCACGGACACCGGGGAGGGGCAGGGAAGGAGAGGAUGGGGACCCAGGAGAGGAAGCCAAGCCCUGGGGGGCACCUCUGCUCCCAGGUGAGCUCCCCACCCCUAAAGAAAGAGAACGCCAGCUGACAGCCGUCGGAGCCCAGCUAGUCCUACCCUCUGGCACAGGGGAAGAAACGGAAGCCCCGAGAUGAAAAGGAGGCACAUAAUUUGGAGCCCGACCUCUCUGGGAUCCAGUCCUGACUCAUUUACCACCUGUGGCCUCAUUCCUGCCGUUCUCUGAGCCUCGGGUUUCUUCUAUGUUAAAGAAGCAGUAAACUAGAGACAUCUCUGGCAGGCGGGCCUGUUGAGAGGAGCGAAGGCAAGCGUGGGAACGUGCCUAGCAUGGUGUCGGGCUCUCUGCGGACUCUAGGUUUACUCUUUGUUCCAGUGGGGAUGGUUGUAGUGCCUGCCUCCGUUUGGAAGGGAUUAACUGAAUUAAGACCUAUCCACUGCUUUGGCACCGAGUAAGCAUUCAACAAAUGUCCGCCAGCUUGAUUACUUGGAUCCCCGUGGGAGCAUCAGCAGUGGUGACCCCCCAGCCCCCCAGAGCAGAGCCCGUUCUCUCAGCCCUUCUUUCCCACUUUUGUUCUCACGGCCACACCUCCUCACCCCCAGCGCCAGCACGAGGGCAGAGAUGGGCUCUGACUCACCCAUGCCCCUUGAGCCAGCUAGGGCCGGGCACAGGCUGGGACCUUGCAAAUCUGUGUGGACUGUACUCCUUUUCACAACUGCCAGGGCCCCCUCGAGAUGAGGAAACCGAAACCAAGGGAUUAGAGUCAUGUGAUGAAGUCAGGACAGGAUGGGUAGGGAUGGGUGGCUGGAGCAGGAUCUGCUCUUAAAUCCAUUUGACACAUUCUCUCCGCAUCUUGCUUUGAUGAAGCUGCGCUCAGUCUCGGGGGCGGACAAGAGCAGCUUGGAAUAUUGCAGUUUUGCCUGAGGGACUGCACAGGCAUCAAUCACAUGCCGGCCGGGCGUGACGGGGUGCAGUUCCCCCAGUCCUGGCAGGCCUUGAUGAGCCCUGAAUCCAUAACUGUAUCAUGUGUCUUCUCUUCUAGUUCUGCUGAGCACGAGGCAGUUUACGGAACUUUGGUUUUGAAAAUGGGGUCUCUACCUAUCUUGGACUAGACUGAGGUGGGAGCCUUGGGGGACCAGAGGCAGAGGUUCUUGCUGAGGGAGAGCCCCAACCUGGGCCUGCCCCCCUGCUCCCUUCGUGUAUUGUCACAUCUGUACAGAGAAAGUGACAGUAAAUGUCUGAUGAAUGGAUUGGGAGUGAGUGAAUGGGCGCACCUCCCGAUAGCCAACUGAGAUGAGUUCUGGCUGGGGGAGACCUUGGUGUGUCUUCCACGACACCCCUCAUCCCAGCAGGUCAUCAUCCAUGCCCAUCUAUCCAGCCUCUGGGCUCUCUGUGCCAUGCCCAUCACUCUGGGCAGUCCUCCUAAAUGGAUCUGUGCUUCUGUUCUAACCCCUCCAUCCCUUCUGCUUCUCCACAGCCCGGAUGAUCUUUCUAGUAGAUGUGCUGUCAAAGUGAGCACGUGCUGAUCUCUCCAUAGCACAGUCUGACCUAUCUUGCCCGCGCUCAGCUCUCAGUGGCCGCCCUUCCCCGCAGGAUCCUAAGAAAUUCUUCUGUUGCUAAAAUUCGAGAACUCACCUGGGGCCAUUUCAUAGUACGCCUCUGAAAUCCAAACAGCUUGGGGUUCAACUCCUGUUGCCACCAUUUAUUGGCGCUUUGGUCUUGUGUCCCCAUCUGUCAGAUGGGGAUGUUGUAAUGAGUAAAUGGGACAAGGUUUGUGAUGACCGUGGGCCGUGCCGGCCAGCUGCACGGCGGGAGUUGGAUUGGUCCCCCUUUUACGAGGAGGAACAGUUCGGUGAGGUGAAGUCACUGGUGCCUGAGGUCCCACGGCAUGUAAGUGACAGCUUAGGAUCGAAGCCCGUCUGCAUCCACCCAGCGGGUGGUGCAGAGCCACCGGACGCUAACCUGGCCCCUCGGGGCAUCCCGUAUGUGCUGCCUAGGUGUGUGCAGGGGCUGCGGCAGGGGCUGCUGGUGUGGCAGCAGGAGGCGCCCUCCAACUUUGACCUGGCGUAUGCCGACUUCCUGACUCUGGACAUCAGCAUGCUGCGGCUCUUUGAGACCUUCCUGGAGGCGACUCCACAGCUCACGCUGGCGCUGGCCAUCGUGUUGCAGAGCGGCCGGGCCGAGUCCUACCAGUGGGUCAGCAUCUGCACGUCCUUCGUGAGUAUCUCGUGGGCGCUGCUUGACUACCACCGGGCCUUGCGCACCUGCCUCCCCUCCAAGCCGCCCCUGGGGCCGGGCUCCUCUGUGGUCUACUUCCUGUGGAACCUGCUGCUGCUGUGGCCCCGAGUCUUCGCCGUGGCCCUCUUCUCAGCCCUCUUCCCCCACUAUGUGGCCCUGCACUUCUUGGGCCUGUGGCUGGUGCUGCUCUUCUGGGUCUGGCUUCAGGGCACGGACUUCAUGCCAGAUUCCUGCUCCGAGUGGCUGUACCGGGCCACAGUGGCCGCCAUCCUCUAUUUCUCCUGGUUCAACGUGGCCGAGGGCCGUACCCGAGGCCGCGCCACCGUCCACCUGGUGUUCCUCCUGAGUGACAGUGUUCUCAUGGUGGUCACCUGGUUGACUCACAUCGCCUGGCUGCCCAGUGAGAUCCCACUGCAGACGCUGCUGCCUGUGGGCGGCGUCUGCUUCCUCCUGGGCCUGGCCCUGCGGCUCGUCUACUACCGCUGGCUGCACCCUAGCUGCCGCUGGGAGCCCGACCGCGUGGAUGGCACCCGAGGCCUCCGCUCCCUCGAGUGGCGUCAGCUGCCUCAGAACAGGCGCGUGGCCCAAUUGGCUCAGAACUUUUUCCCCAGGGUUAGGGACGAGGCUGCUCUGCCACAGAAGGGAGAGGUGAAUGGGGUCCUUUGAGGCAGGCUCAGACCUGGCAGGGAACAGAACAGAUGACAUCAAUUGGUAGAAUGCAGCUACGGGCCUUGAUUCACUCAAGACGCACUUACUGCCUGGUGUGCUAGGCACUGGAGACCAGAGUUAAGUAAGGCAGAGAGGCCUGACUUCAAGGGUGAGAACAAGAGGAGAAAGGCUGGGCCCUGGAGGCUCAAGGGCCCCGGUUAUGUACCAGGCACUUUGGGAGGAAAGAAGAGACACCCCCCCCUUCCCCACCGUACCCCUGCCAACCAGUGUAGCUGGUGCCCCAAAGCUCCUCGUGCUGGUGUUUUCACCUCCCUGGCCACCUCUAAAAUUGGGGGAGGUGCUGUCCUCCCCUAGGUUCCUCUAUCCUGGGCUAAAGGCCCAGAACCUGCACGAUGUGUUCUCCAGAAUUCUUCUUCCCGCCCCCACCCCUCAUUCAGUUCAUUCAACAAAUGUUUACUGAGAGCAAUUUCUGUGCCAGGAACAUUCUGUCCUUGGGACCCGAACAUGAUCGGCUGCUGCCUGAGCUUCAUCCCUUACCCUCUGCAGCUGCUCCUGUGUGGCUCUCAUGUUGGAAGCCGGGGAUGUCCAACUGGUGGCCCCCGUCGACCUGCCCACAGCCUCCGCGCAGCUGGCCCAGCCUCUGGUCCUGCUCCCUAGGUGCCACCUUUCAACCAAGUGCUCAUGAACCUGUGGUCUGGGUCAUGGCUCAGCCCACUGAUUUUUAUACUUUAGGCAGUACACCUUCUACCUCAGAGUCUAUGUGGAGAGGAAGAGGCGUGUGCAUAUGUGUCUCUGCAAGUGAAGGACACGUAUGUGUUGUUUUUGUUCAACAGUAUUAUUACAGUGUUACUAAAACCUCAUGAAACUCUCAAA